AUAUUUUCGAAAAUCGAACAUCUUCAGUGGUCUUCGACUCGUAACAACUGUCAAAAUAAACAGCUGUGCUUGUUUACAUGUGCGUCUUCGAACUUAAACAGCUGUUCUAGUGCCGGUGUGUGGAUUAUUUAUAAAUUUUAACAAAUAAUUAAAUAACAAUGAGUUUAAGCUUGUUAAUACGUACAAAUGCAUUAGGCAAAUCACUGCUUACGAUAUCGAAGCAACUACAAUUUUCCAACACGUACUCCACUUAUGGCAGCACGGCGCUACUUGCGCAAUCAUUUACCUGUAAAUCCACAUUUGGUUCCUUAAAUUACACCACAACUGCCACAACAAGCAAUAAAGCUGCGACGCCGCAAUGGACAACUAUAUACCGUCUGCCACUUAUACGGCUGGCGGCCGGUUUUCAACGUCUGAAAAUAUACCAAGGUGUGCUGACAGCGCUAGCAUUACCGAUUAGUUUUACAUUAACAGAAUUUGGCACCAUUUCACCCAAUUCCGUUGCCAUUGUUGGCGCUAUUGGCGUGUCCGGACUUGUAACACUAACACUUUUUAGUCUGUUAAUACGUAAUGUAGUCGGCUUCAUUUAUAUUAAUGAUGAGCUUAACAAAGUGAAGGUGGCCUAUGUUGAUUUUUGGGGCAAGCGUACUGAUGCAAUUAUAGACAUUAAUGAUUUGGAUGUUGAGUGGGCAAAAGCGCGUCCCACAGCAUUUAACCUCUAUCAGAAGAUACGUUUAUAUAGUGACGACACUAAGUCCUUUAAGUUGUUACUGAACUAUGGUGUAAUUGUAGAACCGGAAACUUUUUGUGGGAUAUUUGGCGAAUAAGAAAUUCAGCUUAUGUGUUGAAGCUGAAGCAUAAGUUAUAAUAUUAUAAUUUUACCUUCUAAAACGCAUUGAUUGUACUGUAAGUAAUAAUAGAGUAAGAGGUUGAAAUAAAUUUUGUUAAAUAAUGAAAUUAAUUUUUAUUUAAUGCUCUCAUUUUAUAUAAUAUACAAUAUAAUAUACAGCCGUUAACAACUAAUUAGAAGCGCUCUCCUUUUGUAGGUUCUCGUUCAGCAUAAUAAUAAAAUUAGCAAAUUUCCCGUUAUAUUUUCUUUGCAAAACACUUGCACUGCUUUUGUCACUCAAUUUACUGCUCAAUGUGCCAAGUUUUGUUGUUGGCGUUAUUAUUUUCCAACAAUGUUUAUGCCUUACUUAGUACAACGUGAGUAAAGUGUGACAGCUAAUUAGAAACAGUUGUUCAAUGAUAACAUAGACAUAACCCUUUGCUGUUUCUGAAAAAUGUCCUGUUGCCGUGGGCUGAGGAGAAUUUGCUUGUUUUAUGGUAAUUUCAACAGGACAACGAUCCAAAGAACACCGCAAAGUUGACGAAAAAG